AUGCCCGGUUCCGGUCACCGGGAGGGGCGUUUGAUGAGAAUUCCGCGGUUUUGCCGGAGCAGAUUGGAGAUACGGGUGAAGAUGGAAUAUAAUCUCCACCCAGCCUCCUUUACCAAUUGUCGAAACCCUUCUUGUCCUUCUGUCUACCCUAAUCAGAGCUUGAAUUCCUCUGCCUGCCCAGGUGGGUCUUUCAAUCCUGGAGCAAGUUCCACUAUCUCCAUCUCUCAAAAGAAAGUCUCCGCUCAGGUUCCGAAGAAACGUGGAAGGCCAGUGGGUAGCAAGUCGAAGUCAGACAAGGGCCGGGGGUUGGGGGUACAAGAUAAUAGCCCCGGCCCAUCAGAAGAGACUUUCCCCUCCGCGGGUUCAGGGCCUCGUGUUGGGGAGAAGAGGCGCUCUGAUCCCGAGGACAAUGAAGUGUGUUCGCCUGCAAAAAAGCCCCGUCAAACAAGUGGUGUUCUCGAAGGGGAUUUGGACUGUGCUAUAGAAGAGUCGAAUUCUACAAAUACGGUGGAGGAAGCCAGCCGAGAGUGGCCCCAGUGGCCAAAUGAAGCUGUUAUUGUGGAAUUGCCUUGGACAUGCCAUCAACUCAAAUCGAUGGUUCAACUCCACUCUCCCGAUUUUGUUUUUCUGUCCGAAACAAAACAAAAACCAAAAAAAUUAGAUUCUGUUCGUAGAAGUAUUAGUAUGAAUAAUGGCUUCUGGAUCGACCCAAUUGGCCUUUCGGGCGGUUUGGGUAUUUUCUGGAACGACUCUGUUGCUUUUGAAGUCUUAAAAUAUGUGGAUGGAAUUCGUUAUCAGCAGUUGAUUGAUCUUUCUGAGCAUGUAAAAGGGCUGAAUUCUGAUGUUGUAGUUUGGGGAGACUUCAAUGACAUACUAAAACCAGGUGAAAAAAGGUGGGGAUUAUCACGUGAUAGAGGAAAGUUUUGUUCGUUUUCAAUCUUUUCUUGAUGGGUGUGGUCUGGAAGAUAUGGGUUUUAGAGGGUAUCCCUUUACUUGGAAAACAAUCAUAAGGGGAGUGAUUUUAUAGAAUCGAGACUGGAUAGAGUAUUGGUAUCACACCUGUGAAGCUCACAUUAUGGUCAGGCUUUUGUUGAACAUCUAGAUUGUAUAGGUUCAGACCACAAAGCUUUGCUUUUGCACACUAAGGUUGAAGUGAGGAAGCGGUUGAUCCCUUUCGGUUUGAUGCUCGGUGGUUCGAGAUUGAAGAGGUAAAAAGGAUAGUGCAAUCUGAAUGGGAUCAAGGAAUAACUGGGUCUAGGCUCUUUUGCUUCACUCAAAAGAUUAAGAAGUGUUGUCUGGCUUUGAAAUUGUGGCGAGUGAAGCAAAAUCUCAAUUCAAGAAGAAAUAUUGAGCAGACUAAGGAGGAAAUUAAACAACUGGAAAUUAAAGGUCGCGAAUUCCACUUGACGAAGUUGGUGGCUCUUGAGGACCGGUCGGCAUGUGAAUGGAAAAAAGACGAGUUGUAUUGGUGGCAAAAGUUGCACCAGAAGUGGUUACAAGCGGGGGAUCGCAACACUAAGUAUUUCCAUGCAAGCACGGUUGCACGAUGACGACGGAAUCAUAUUUCAGGUGUAGAGAAUGCUCGGGGAGAAUGGAUUUCGGAUCAUGAAGGAGUUGUAACAGAAUUUCAAAGUUUUUUCACCAAUCUGUAUUCGGGCGAAAGCACUUCUCAAGCGCAACAAGUUUGCAGCUUACUACCCCAUCGCUUAACAAGUUCAAUGAUUAAUAGUCUGCUCAAGCCUUUUACUUCGCGAGAAAUCAAGGCAGCCUUGUUUGAGAUGCCACCAAAUAAAGCUCCAGGAUACGAUGGGAUGACUGCUGGGUUUUUUCAAAGAUAUUGGGAUAUAGUAGGGGUUGAUGUUUGUCGAGCGGUUAGAAGUUGUUUUCAUAGCAACAGGAUGCUCAGAAGCUUAACCCGUACACAGAUUGUUCUUAGGUUUCAGCGCCCACUAAGGUUACAGAAUUCUGCCCUAUCAGCUUAUGCACUACCUCCUACAAGAUCAUUGCUAAAGUCCUUGCCAAUCGUCUCAAAUCAUUUCUACCAUCCAUUAUUUUGAAAAACCAAAGCGCAUUUGUGGAGGGGCGUCAGAUAACGGACAAUAUUCUAAUUGCGCAUGAAGUCACGCAUUACAUUUGACACAAACGGAGGGGCAAAUAGGGAGUGGCUGCUUUUAAAUUGGAUAUGACGAAAGCUUAUGAUAGGGUCGAAUGGAGUUAUUUUCAGCUCGUUUUGGAAAGAUUGGGCUUUCAUCCAAGAUGGGUCGGUUGGUUAUGGAGUGUGUAAAGACUGCCACUAUUUCCAUCGUGAUAAACGGGGAGGCGGGGGAAACUUUUCAACCAAGCAGAGGUAUAAGGCAAGGGUGUCCCCUUCCGCCUUAUCUUUUUCUUCUAUGCAGUGAAGGUCUCACGGCCCUAUUCAAUGAUUAUGCAAGUAAGAACAUUCUGCGUGGCUUUCGUAUUAAUAAGCAUUGUCCGUUGAUUUCUCAUUUGUUGUUUGCGGAUGAUUCCAUUGUAUACAGCCAAGCUACUGAUAGGGAUUGUGGGGCUUUGUUUAGCAUUCUUGAAUCUUAUGAGGCUGCCUCAGGUCAGAAGGUGAAUAAAGGGAAAUCAUCGGUACUUUUCAGCCCCAACACUCCAACAGAAGCCAGGUCUUGUUUAUCCAUGAAAGUGGGUAUUUCUUUGGAAGCAAGGGCCGCGAAGUAUUUAGGCCUGCCAAUUUUCCUUGGGCAUUCAAAACGAGAGUUGUUCUCCUAUAUUAAAGAUGGAAUGAUGAAACAAUUGAGUAGCUGGGACGAUUUUUCUUUCAAUAAUGCUGGAUGAGAGGUAUUAAUUAAUUCUGUUUUGCUGGCGAAGCCAAAUUAUGCAAUGUCCUGUUUUCAUCUUCCGAAAUCUCUUGUGCAGCAAAUGUCAGCUGAAAUUGCAAAGCUUUGGUAUUUUUAAAGGCCGCUACUUCCCCAACACGUUGUUCUGGUAUGUACCGGUUAAUAAUCAAUCUUCUUGGGCUUGGAAAAGUAUAGUUUGGGAAAGAGAGUUAAUUGACAAAUGAUGGCAUUGGCAAGUUCGCUUGGGAGGAUCCUUGGUUGCCAAAGGAUCUAUCUUUUAAGGUUAACAGCAAUACGGCGAGGAGAGAUGGCUUAGAGAAGGUGUCUGACCUUAUUGAUCCCUCGACAUAGGCAUGGAAGCACGAUUUGAUCAUAAAUACUUUCAACCAAGAGGAUGCUGAAUCCAUUCUCUCGAUUCCGAUUAGCUCCACCCAAAGGCGUGAUCAAAAAAUUUGGCACCUCUCUUCAAUUGGAUCUUUCACAGUCAAGUCAGCUUAUCAUUUGGAAAAAGAAGGUAUGGGAAGUCACGUGAAUGUUCAAGCAGCUCAAACAAGCUUGUCCAGUGUUUUAUCGUCGGUGCAGAAGAAAUUGUGGGGUCUGAAAAUUCAUCCAAAAAUCAAAGUGUUUGUAUGGGAGUGCUUCAAUGACGAGGUAGCAACGAAUUCGGCUUUAGUAUCGAGGAAGAUAAGAACUGAUUUUUCUUCUCCUAGCUUGUUAGGUUUGCUCUGAUUGUACUGAGGUUUUGACCUCUAAUUGGUUUUGUUUUGAUUGGUUUGCUUUGUAAAAGUUUCAACUUACCAAAAAAAAAGAAGAAGAUAAGAACUGACCCUA